GAACAGGAACACAACUGAGUAUAUAUAUAAAGUUAAUUAGACUCUGUUUACUAUAAAAACUGGCCUGUUUUAAGCUUCAGGAGAGGCUUCAGGCUAAAGAGAAGACUGUCAUAAACUAGCGUAUCAGCGUAUCUACUGUUUUUGUCCGUUAAAACUUGCUUUGUUGGGGGAGUGAUUCAUUUAGUAAUUACUGAACACUCUCGACACUGGAUCAGGUGAGUUCAGGUGAGGUAGAAGAGCAGGAAGCUCCAUGCAGGAGAAAUGGAGGAGGGAAACACUAUCGCUUCCUUGGGUGUUGAAGAUGAGGAGGAAAUUUGUUUUCCUCAGAAACACGAGACUCUUAAAAGAACUGAAAGUGUAUCCAGCUGUGUUUCCUUAAAAAGUAACCAUUCGAUGGAUCCACCGCUCACGCUGAAAGAUAGAGUCUCUCGCAGUGAGCAGAGGACUCCCAGAGGGAGCUUAAGCUCAUCUGUGCCUGGCUGUGUGUCUAUGAUAAGUGACCAGUCUGUGGAUCCACCAGUCACAUUUAAGGAGGAACAGAGUCUGAGUGUCCGGCGACGGAGAGCGAGCUCUCCAGCUGCCAGCCAUCUGUCCAUGAGGAGUGAGCAGUCAAUGAACCCUCCGAACUCUUUUAAGGAGGCACAUUUCUUUGCUGAGCAGAGAGACCAGAAAGGGGAAUCAAGCACACAAUUGGACCAAAACCAACAGAUGUAUCUCUCUGAUACAUUAAAGACGUUUGAGGAGCGGUAUAUGACCUUUGUGAAGGAAGAGAUGAAGAAAAUCAGUCGAUUUUUGAGUCCAGAUCACAUUGGAGGGAUAGAGAGGUCAGAAGAAGAGGAAGAUAGCAGAGAUGCCAGAGAGGCAACUGUGAAAAUUGCACUGCACAUUUUAAAGGGCAUGAAGGAGCCUAAUCUUGUUGAACAGCUUGUCAAAGUUGAACGUGCAUUCUCACACCAAAAGAAACUGAAACAAAGCCUGAAGAGCAAGAGCGAGCGGGUAUUUGAAGGAAUCGCUAAGCAUGGAAAUCCAUCACUGCUCAACAAAAUUUACACAGAACUCUACAUCACAGAGGGUGGAACUGGAACCCCCAACAUCGAUCACGAAGUGAGACAGAUCGAAGCGUCAUAUAAAGGUUCGGUGGCAGAAGAGACUCAAAUAUACUUGGAUGAUAUCUUUAAACCAUUACCAGGGCAGGACAGACGCAUCAGAACAGUACUGACCAAAGGGAUAGCUGGCAUCGGAAAAACUGUCUCUGUGCAGAAGUUCAUCUUGGACUGGGCUGAUGGAAGGUCCAAUCAGGAUGUUCAUUUCAUGUUCCCGUUGCCAUUUCGAGAGCUAAAUCAGAUGAUGAAUGAACUUUACAGCAUGGAGAAUCUUCUUCGUUGCUUUUUCAAGGAUUUGUUAGAUUUAGAAAUCUCUGUACUCGAAGACUACAAAGUUGUAUUUGUCUUUGAUGGCCUGGAUGAAUGUCGACUUCCACUAAACUUCAAGAACAACAAGAGGUGUUCAGACAUAACUAAGCCAGCACCUCUGGAUAUUCUUCUGACAAAUCUUAUCCAGGGGAAUCUGCUUCCAUCGGCUCUUCUCUGGAUCACUUCCCGACCAGCGGCCGCUUCCCGGUUACCCCCCACAUGUAUCGACCAGGUUACAGAGGUAAGAGGAUUCAAUGACCCAGAAAAGGAAGAGUACUUCUACAAGAGGAUCAGUGAUCAGAGCAUGGCUGGCAGAAUCAUCCAACAUGUGAAGUCCUCUAGAAGCCUCCACAUCAUGUGCCACAUACCGGUCUUCUGCUGGAUCACAGCUACCGUGCUUGAAAGGCUGCUGUCUGAAGCCAAGAGUCGUCAGGUUCCAAAGUCUCUGACCGAAAUGUACACACAUUUCUUGAUUUUCCAGACAGUGCAAAGACACGAUAAGUACGCUGAAGGAAACGCCAUGGAUCCUUGCUUGACUAAGGAAAACAUUCUUUUUCUGGGCAAGCUAGCCUUCCAGCAGCUACGUAAAGGGAACUUGAUCUUCUACGAAAACGACCUGAGGGAAUGUGGGAUGGAGGUCAAAGAUGCGUCGGUCUACUCUGGAGUGUGCACGCAAAUCUUCAGAGAGGAUUUGUACCAAAGUAAUGUCUACUGCUUUGUGCACUUGAGCUUCCAGGAGUACCUCUCAGCUUUGUUUGUGUACCUAAGCUGGCUCAGCUCCAAAGGCCAGUAUCAGGAGUCAGAUGCUGCCUUUGAAGGUCUGUGUUGGAAUUCAACACUUUUUGACCUGCACAAGAGUGCAGUGGACCUGGCUUUGCGUUCACAACAUGGUCGCCUGGAUCUUUUCCUCCAGUUCCUCCUUGGUCUGUCUCUGGAAUCGAAUCAGAACCUGCUACGUGAUCUACUGACGCAGGAAGUGAGUGCUGAAGAGAGUCACCAGGAAACAUCCAACUACAUAAAGCAGAAGCUAGGAGAGAACCUCAGGCCUGACCAGUCCAUCAAUCUCUUCCACUGCCUGCACGAACUCAACGACCAUUCUCUUGUGCAGGAAAUCCAAGGUUACUUAAGCUCAAGGAAUCUGUCCCCAGAAAACCUCUCCCCUGCACACUGGUCAGCUCUUGUCUUCGUGUUGUUGACCAGCGAUGAGGGAAUGGAAGUGUUUGACCUCAGAAAAUAUGUCCGAUCGGAUGAAGGAUUUAGGAGGCUGAAAUCUGUCGCCAGAGCAUCCAGGACUGUCAUAUUGUCUGAUUGUGGCCUCACAAAGACUACCUGUCGUUCUCUGGCUGGUGUUCUGGCUUCAAACUCCUGUGCUACUCGUGUGCUGGAUUUAGGUUUCAAUGACCUACAGGACAAAGGAGUAAAGCAGCUGUGCUAUGGACUGAGGAAUCCACAGUGUCAGCUGGAAACACUAAAACUUCAGUUUUGUGGAAUAAGAAGAGAAGGCUGUUCAUCCCUUGUUUCUGCUAUAAGAUCAAAUCCUUCCCACCUGAGAGAGCUGGACCUGAGCUUCAAUUCUACUGGAAACGAGGCACUUACUGUACUUUUUGCAUUAUUGCCUGACUGCAGAAUCGAAACACUGAGGAUUUCGAGUUGUAACAUGACAAAAGAAGGCUGUGCUUUUCUGGAAUCAGCAAUCAGCUCCAAACCAUGCCAUCUAAGAAAACUGGAUCUGAGUAACAACUCAAUAGGCGACUAUGGAGCAGGAGUGUUUUCUUCAUUACUGAGCAGUGAGCACUGUAAGAUUGAGCACUUGUGGCUGGAGAAAUGUAACAUAACUUGGAAAAGCUGUAAAAUUCUGGAGGGUGCGUCCACCUCAAUGUCCUGGAGUCUCAAAGAACUCGACCUGAGUGAUAAUGACCUGCAGGACUCAGGAGUGAAGUCACUUGCAUAUGACCUGAAAAGCUGCAGACUGCAGAAAUUGAGGUUGUCUAACUGCUGUUUCACCCAGAGAGGAUUCUCAGCAUUAGCUUCAGCUCUGAGAAUGAACCCCUCCUGCCUGAAAGAGCUGGAUGUAUGUAAGAAUUUCCCUGGCAGUGCAGGGAUGGUGGACCUGCUUUCAGCCCUGCAGCAGCCCACCUGUGCCCUCCACACACUGCUAGUGGAACACUGUGGCCUGGGCUCAGAAAUAUGCACAUCCUUGGCCACAGUUCUCACCCGCAACUCCAGUCUGAGAGAGCUGAGUCUGAGUAGUAAUGAGAUCGGAGAUAUGGGAGUAAAGACACUCUUUACUGGACUACAAACUGGACUUUCUUCCCUUGGGACUUUGAGGCUUGCCGACUGUUCCCUCACAGAGAGCAGUUGUGACAUCUUGGCUUCCGUACUCAGCUCAAACUCCACCAGCCUUUUAGAGCUGGAUCUGAGCAGGAACAACCUCGGCCCAUAUGGACCCACUGUUUUGUGCUCAGUGUCCACCAUAAAUCUCACACUGUGAUGAGAGUCACUAGGUUGAUCUCCCAGUCUCUGUAUUGGGACACUCGAUGCUCUCACUGUGUUGGGAAUACUCCAACUUCCUCUGUGAUUCUUGUCUCUAAAGCACAGUCAGUUGUCACGGACA